AAUUUCCUUUGUGACAAUCUAGAUUGUAAACAGGGAAGUGAAUUUACGAAUGUCAGCCAGCUAGAAGACUAACGGUAGAUAGAGGUUUUAUGAUCGCAAGUCUUUAAGAUUUUAUAUUUUUUUAAAGACAAAAAUCAUAUAGGAUAAAUGGAAAUGUGUACAGAGCGGUCACCUAUACACAUAACGUUAUAUUUAAUGCGCAAGGCAGAUUUCAAAUAGCCUCGGUGUGCUAUGGUUGCUAGCUAGGCAACACACCAUAUAAUUCCGAUUUAUUGUUAUGGUACGGCUGUGUCAAUCUGCAUAAGAUAGCUAAAGGCGUAGCGAAGUAAUAUCGGAACUAAUGUUAUAACGGAAGAAACCUGACGAACAGCAACGAUGUUUCAAACCGCCUCGGGGUAUCGGUACGAAUCUCUACCGCAGAGAGAUUUGGUUCAGACUAGUCCCGGUCUGUACGUCUCGCCUGCGAGUUUUUCGCAGAAACAAUUCAGUCACCAGGGACAUUCUUUCGACUACGUUCCUAACGUCAUUGACAACGAUUUCAAAGACAGAUCUCAGGGAUGGCUGUCCUGGAUUUGCAACUUGAUCGUCACUUUCCUUGUAUUUGUCUGCACUUUUAUUACCUUUCCCGCUUCUGGCUGGUUUGUAUUGAAGAUGGUGCCCAAUUACCAGAGGAUAGUUGUGUUCCGUCUGGGUCGAGUUCGUCCUCCUAAAGGGCCGGGCGUGGUCCUGAUUCUACCCCUCAUUGAUCAGUGGCAGAGAGUGGACCUGCGGACGAGGGCUUUCAACAUCCCACCCUGCAAGGUGACCACUAAGGAUGGUGGCCUGGUGUCGGUGGGGGCUGAUAUUCAGUUCCGCAUCUGGAGCCCAGUGAUGUCAGUGGUGGCAGUGCAGGACCUGAACGCCUCCACGCGGCUCACGGCACAGAAUGCCAUGACCUACAACCUGGGCAAGAAAACUGUGAGAGAGAUCCAGACAGAGAGGGUCAAACUGGGCGAGCAUCUCGGGAUAGACAUCAACGAGAUGACUCGACCGUGGGGGCUGGAGGUGGACCGCGUGGAGCUGACGGUGGAGUCGGUGCUGAAAGGCCCAGAUGACUCCCUCUCCGGCCCGGUCAUCCUGCCCCCCUCUGUGCCUGGGCUGGAGGGCAUUAUCGGACCCAUACAGCAGCUGGCUGCUCAUUUCCUGGGAAACAGCGGGCUUUCCCAGCCGCCUGAAGGCUCGGGGGACACGGUGAGCUUCGUGGAUGAGCAGGGUCCCUCUGUUCCCAUGGUGACUAAGAGGGUCAGCACGGCACAGCUGCUGGCCGCCGUGGAGCUGCGGCUCUCUGAGCAGCUGGUACAGCAGGUGGGCGCCUGCUUCCAGUUUCAGAUCGGCCUCAGUGACGGCAGCAUCAACAGCUACUUUGUCGACCUGAGCAAAGGGAGAGGUGAGGUGGGAGCAGGUGUAGCGGUGCAGCCCGACGUCACCCUGCAGAUGAGUGAGGAGGAUCUGCUGGCCCUGUUUGAAGGCACCCUGCGUCCUUUUGCAGCUUACACCAGCGGCAGGCUGAAGGUGCAGGGUGACCUGAGGACGGCCAUGAAGCUGGAGGAACUCAUAAAGCUCAUCAGGCAGUGACGCCUCCUCUCAUGAACUGGAACAAACUGGUACAGACCAGAAAGAACUGAUGUGGACCAGAGCGUCUGCAGCGUCCACCACUAGCCCUGACCUAUGAGCUGCCUGCGUGAUCUUGUAACAGGGAACACCAGAAGGACAACAGAAGAUAAGUUAUGUCAGAAGAUAACAUUGUGUAAGGACUGUCAAAUCAGCAAGUAAACAACUGAUUUUUGAAAAAUAACAUAAUUCACAAUGUAAAAUGUGAUAUCUUUAGAUAAUCCUCGGGAGCUGUCAUGUCAUAUUGAUUAUUAUUUGUGCUUUUGUGCAAUUAUUGUGUUAUUAUUCAUACGUAUCUUGUAUUUGCAGUGAGGACAGACAAUAUCCAUACUUCACCAUGAAGUAUAUUCUUUGCAUUUAAUUUACCUUUGAAGCACACUUUUUAAAUUGAAAACCCAUCAUUUGAACUGCAGGCAAAUAAAGCCUUAGCAGGACAUCUUAAUUACUGUAAAGGCAGACACUUUUCUAUGAUCUCUUUUACAGGAAAGACCUGGGAGAUUUUUAUGUUUGGCACCCCAUUUUUGCAAAAAGUACUCUGUUUAGACUUAGCUUUGGUGAUUUAGUGUACACUCCACACUCUGUGCCUUCAAAGGAAGUCAUUGCUUUUGCACUGUUUUUACAGUAAGUUUACUGUGGAGCAAUACGUUUGGUAAUCAUUUUGGUCCUUGAUCCAGUGAAGAAUGUGUUUACUCAUGUCAGGCCAGCACAAGGCUGAGGCCAAUUUCAGACAACCCUGUCUCUUCAGAGACAAACUUCCACUCCCUCACAGCUGUUCAAACAGAAAAUAACGGGCUGAUGUACUUGGCUGAACCUGCAGAUGUAAUCUGUGUCGUUAUAGCUGAAAGAUGGCACAGUGGGAGUUGGAAUUAGCUUGGAACAGUUAAAUGACACAAAACAUUUAAAAAAACCAAAAUGUUCUUCAUUGAAUGAUAAAUGUACUAAAGCAAAAUAAAAUUCUGUUGCGGUAACAGUACAUUUAGA